AUGCCGCCCGCCGUCGACGGCUGGGCCGUGCACGGACUGUGGCCGGACGCGGCGGCCGGCAACCCGUACAACUGCUCCGGCCAGCCGCUCAACGCCACCGAGCUGGCGCCGGCGCGCGCCGCCCUGCUCCGGCUCUGGCCAGAGGUGUACGCCGACCGCGGCGCGCGCCAGUUCUGGCAGCACGAGUGGCAGAAGCACGGCACGUGCGCGCUGGCCGCCGGCGACGCGCGCUCGCAGCUCGACUACUUUGUGCGCGCCCUGGAGCUGGGGCUGCGCUACGACCCGGGCGCGGCGCUGCGCCGGCCGCUGCUCAGCGAGCUGCGCGUGUGCGUGGACCGGCGCUGGCAGCCGGUCGACUGCUACCCGCCUGACGGCAGCGCCAUCCGCGCGCACCGCUGCGACGGCGCCACGCUGCUGUACCCGCCGCUGCGGCACGAGCCGGUGCCGCGCUGGCCCGACUGGCUGCCCGCUCCGGCCGCCGGCGGGGGGACGGGCGACUCGUGA